UUAAAAUUUUCUUAGCUUACACAAGAGAUAUAUUUUAAAAAUGAAGAGUUUCUUUAUUUUAAUAUUCACCUAUAUUAUUGCAAUUUCACAAAUAACUAGAUGCAAAAACUCGAAUUAUUAUACAAUGCAGAAAGGCGAAUAUUUAGCAGAAAAUAAUAAUAAAAACCUUGAUACAAAGAUCUCGAAUAUAUUUUACAAAUCUGGACAAGAUGCUGAAAUUGUCAAAAUUAAGUUGCAGAAUACGCUACGCAACUUUUUAGAAAAUUUACAAAAAAACUUAACAACUUCAAUAAUAUUAAAAACACUCGAUAAUAAGUUAAGCUUUGAGCGGUCGCAGCAGAAAUGGCAGAAAUUAAAUGAUCACAUGGAUUUCUACAGAACAGCAUCCCGCGACUUACAAGAAUUCUCAUUUAAAUCGGAAAUGUUUUUGCAAAUCAGUAAAAAUGAAAGUGUUACUUUUUUAAUGAAACUCCGCAGAGUACCCACCGGUCAGCAAAUGCUGGCACCGCAUGUUAAGUUGCAGUUAACAAAUUAUUUUGCUGAAAUGGAGUUUUUUAAUGUUGUAUUUUUCGAAAUACUUGACGAGGGAAUGGAAUAUAUUAAUAAUGCUCUAUAUAUCAUUCGAACAACAUUUGAAAACUAUGCUGAUAUACAGCAAAAAAUUUUACGUGAUGAACAUUUUUUACUUGAUAACUGGUGUUUUAAUAAGUAUUUUGAAUUUUUACAAAAGUGGUCAACACAGAUAUAUAAAUGUGCCACCGAAACAAGAUUACAAACGGUAUACAAUGUGUUUUCAAUUACAAAAGUUGCGGUUAAAUACCUCAUGCAACAGCUAGAAUUUAAAAUGCAGCGUUUGUUUAAUUGUUUCAUUUGUAAAGAAUACAGUAUAAAGUGCAAUUUUUUACGUUUCCCGGAAAACGACUUUGAGAAAUUAUUUAAUAUUUUAAAAGAAUUACAAAUAUAUUAUGACAUAGAAAUAAAUCGCGGGAGGGUGGAAUCGAGAAGAAUACAACGCAGUGAAAACAUUAUACGAUUAAGUGAAAAGAAAAAUGUAAAUGCAUCUAAAAAAAAUUGCUUACCAUUUGGUUUUCCAACAAACCAGAUGCGAAAUGACCUUAAGGUAUGCUUCAAUAUUCACUAAAUAUUUCAAUUAAAAGAUUAA